UAGAAAAGCUGAGAAUUGGGAAACCCCAUUACGCGUUCUUCUCAAUUUAUAUACAUUCAUUAGUCAUUACACAAGAUAAGUCCACAAUAUAUUCAUCUUUCAGACACCCAGAAUCUCUCUCUCUCUCUCUCUCUGAAUUUCGUUAUUUUGUAGCCGCACGCUUUCAACUAACAAAGGAACGAAAACCCGUAGAUACACCCUUUUUCUUUGUUCCGGCAUAUCUUGCCGCCGCCCUAAGCCAGGUGUUGCAGAAAUUAAUUUCAUUUUCCGGCGAGGGGUAUCCUCUUCUAGAACCGUCUCUGCUCUAGAAGAUGUGUCCUCUCAGGAUCAUUCUGGUCUUCCUGUCUGCCACCUUGGCCGGAUACUUUGCCUGGAGGACCGUCCGGUCUUCCUCUUCUUCUUCUUCUGACAUUGACGACAUGAUCCACGGCGAUUCAUCAGACACAGAGAAGGUAUCUUCCCAGGGAGAUCAAGAAUUCAAUCUUAAAAGGGCGAUUCAAAAUGGAUUCUGGGUCAUCGUGGACAUGGCUAGCGGCAGAUACCUGUGGAGGAAUUUGAGGAUGGUCAAUGAAGGCGAGAAAGAGAAGAUUUGCUAGAAAUUGAUCAGAAAGAAAGAACAGGGGAAGAAGACAGAAAGCAGGAAGCAAAACGCGGUGAAAUUUAGAGAAAAGAAAAAGAAAAACCUGUGUGGUGUGAGAGAUUAUUGUGUUUUGUUCUGUCAUGUUAGAAGGAAUCAAAUGAAGUUGUAGCCUGUAGCCAGAUUUGACACUGUAAAAAUUCCUCGAUACAAAAAUUUCCUUUGCAGAGUAAAAUGGUGCAAAUUUUGUUA